UUUGAGGCAAACGGCAUCAGUGUUUCUAAAGUGCUUUGUGUGAAUAAGUGAAAAGUGAAAAAUACGAAAAAAUGACUGGACGUGGUAAAGGUGGUAAAGGCUUAGGAAAAGGUGGUGCUAAACGUCAUCGUAAAGUGUUGCGUGAUAAUAUUCAAGGUAUAACAAAACCGGCUAUCAGACGUUUGGCUCGUCGUGGCGGUGUGAAACGUAUCUCAGGCUUGAUUUAUGAAGAAACCCGUGGUGUUUUGAAGGUUUUCUUAGAAAAUGUUAUUCGUGAUGCUGUCACAUAUACUGAACAUGCUAAGCGAAAAACAGUUACAGCAAUGGAUGUCGUUUAUGCUUUGAAGAGACAAGGCCGCACUUUAUAUGGUUUUGGCGGUUAAAUUGCAAGAAAUUGCUUGAACAGAAAAUGAGAAUAUGAAAAAAAAAAAAA